GGGUAAGUGUUGUACCAAAGAUAUUAACAUAUUUGCUUCUAUUGAAUAAACAAGGUGAACAGUAAAUCAUUGUAAAAAUGACAGGAAAAUUCGUCGUUUUUCUUUCUGUUCUGGGAGUAUCUUUUGCUCAAUAUGGCGGUGGACAUGGCGGAUAUGCAGGUAAUGGAGGAGGAAACUCAUUAGGUUCCUUAGGUCAUGGUUCCUCCACCAUAGUAGGAUCGACUGUAACUCACACGGGCCACCCUAUUCAUGGAUCAGUAGUACUACCUCACGGUGUUAACGCAGGCAUUUCACAUACUUCUAGAGUACACAUUCCCACGCCUGUUGUAGGAGUUGUUGCUAGUGGAGGAGCUGGAGGUUACGGCGGAUUGGGUGGAGGAUACGGAAGCAUCGGGGGUGGAUCCGGAGGAUUUGGAGGUGCCGGUGGAGCUGGAGGCUUUGGAACAUCCGGUGGUGCAUCAGGAGGUUAUGGAGGAGUUGGAUUUGGUGGACAUUAUUAAGUUUUGUAAACACGUAUUAAAGUGUUGAAAGGAUAUUUAAAAAA